UAGCUGAUGCAUUCCUGCUAUACUUGUAGGUGCAUAGUUUUGUAUUCAUCAUGAGUGAAGAGAUGAAGAGACUUAUUGCUUAUGUGGAAGAUCUCUACGAGGAUACAAACUCAUGCAACAUGGUCAAGGUACAAUGGUUCGACAAAGUUGAUGAGGUUGGUGUUCCCUUGCCCAUGGAUUUCGAUGACAGGGAGAUCUUCUUCUCUCUGGGCCGUCAAGAUCUCAAUGUAGAAUGCAUUGAUGGAUUGGCUGCAGUCCUGAGUGUCCAGCACUACGAGAAGUUCAAGGGUGAUACCAGAUACAACUUGUGGCAACCUUAUUUUUGCUGUCGGCAGAUUGAUAAUGGUGACAUCAAACCUUUUGAUGUCACACAGCUGCAAGGCUACUGGAGCCAGGAAGUACUUAGGACCAUGUUCAAUGCAACUUCCUCUCUGAAGGUGCGUUUCAAGGUCCCUAAAUCCAGACCCAGUUCAGAUGGAGGGCUGAAGAGGAAGUGUGAUGCAUUCAACGAUGAUGCUAAUCCACAGAAGUUCAUUCCUUCUGGUGCUUCUACUUCUAGGUUUUAUGGUGAGAACAUCCAACAAUUGUGUCAUGGUUGCCAUGUGGAAGUACUCUCUCAAGAUAGUGGUAUAAGGGGAUGUUGGUUUAGAUGUUUGAUUCUGAAGAGGCAUAAAGAUAAAAUCAAGGUGCGCUACCUAGAACUUCAGGAUGCUGAUGAGACUGGAAACUUGGAGGAGUGGGUUAUGCUAACACGAGUUGCCAAACCUGAUCAACUGGGUGUACGUUUCCUUGGAAGGCCAAUGGUUCAUCCACAGCGCGUGGAACAAAGCAAGGCCUCAUGCUUUGAUGUUGGAGCCAUUGUUGAUGCGUGGUGGCAUGGUGGCUGGUGGGAGGGAAUCGUGCUGUGCCAGGUGGGCAGCGGGCGUCUACAAGUUUAUUUUCCAGGAGAAAACCGAACAGCUGAAUUUGGUGAAGAUGAGCUGAGGUGUUCCCUUGAGUGGGUUGGUAACAAAUGGAAUCCUUUGAAGGGAAGAAAAGAUGUCACAAGCAAGCUGACCUCCACUGCAGAUUGUGGAAGUGAAUGUUUGAUUGGGAAACAAGAUCCACUGAAUUUUUAUGUGCCUAAAAAUUCAGAACCUCAACUAGAGAGACAUCAAUAUGACAAGGGGGGUAUUGAGAAAUCUUCAGUCAGCACAAUUUCACGAGAUCAGAAACGUGUCCUUACCGACCUGACUAAUGAUUUGAAGUUAGAUAACUUGAGGUGGAGGCAAAGAAAGCAGUCGGACACAAGCAGUGGAAGCAGCAGCGGGGACAUGGACUUGCUCAGCCUCAGCCCCAGUGGAAGCUUUGGUCAUCAUAAUUUAGUGCCUGACGAGGAGACAUGCAAGAGAAGUGGAGAGCAGACUUUUAUGGGUGUGCCUAUGCAGCUGGGUCAUGCUAUUUGUAUUUAUGUGUUCGAAUCCCUCACCUUGUUUGGGUUCACUGUACAUGCCUGCUUGCUGCGGUUCUACUCCUUGUUAAUAGGUCUGCGAGGUAGUACCAUCGACGAGGCUUCUCCAUCCCCUCCGGCGAGCUCCCCUUCCAAAAAACGUGGUGAGCUGAAGCUGACCCUUUUCAACUGCAUCUACUGCAUGGAUUAUACACGGGCGUCGUCGCAGCGAGCAGCCCGCCCCGCCGGUAACAAUCUCCGGAAUCCUAUCAUUUUCGUGGCUUUGUUCAGGGAUCAUCGUCAGUCACAUGCUUUUGAUGGAUCAAAAGCGACCGCAUAG